GGUUGGAUCAAGCGUAGAUGUGAACAUGUAAGGGCAGAAUUUCACCUGUUGAUUUUUAUGCAUUUAGUGCAUUGUCCCCUUUGCUGUUGAAGAGGGCAGAAAUCAUUUCUGUUCUUGUAGUCCAGGAGCAGGCUCAACAUGCAGAUCCCAAGGGCAUUAGAUCCUUAGCUGGUAUUAGAGAGCAGGUAUUUGCCUUUCGAUAAGUUGAAGCUGAAAAUAAAUUUAAAUUAUGCAUGUAUGCUUAAUUUUAUUAAGUUAUGCACACAUACUUGUAUUUAUAAUGACUAUGAGUAAACACCGUGUUUACUACAACCUAGGAAACAAAUGGCAAAAGUAGAGCUAUACCUGCCGUGUACUUUAGGAGAAUGUAGUCCUGCAAUGAAAAAAAUGGAACUUGUAGGUACAACUGCUUUCAUUUAAUGCAAUAAAUAUUCUAUUUACAGGAUUUAAAGUGUUUAGUAAAAGUCAAAGGACUGAGAAAUGUCAUUUCCUCAGUGAUCUUCUUCCUGUCCUUUUACAGAUGGCGUAAAAUCAGAUAAUAUUCAUGAUGCAUGGAAAAUUCUGUGGCUUCAAAAUCUAUGCCAGGUUUACAAAGUUUGUAUUUGCUGUCUCUCUUCGUUGGAAUCUGGGAGAAAAAAGUCAGACAGAGCAUGUUAUGGCUUUUGGAUUUAUGACACGUGUUGCUCUACAAGCAGAGAAGAUGAAUCACCACCCGGAAUGGUUUAAUGUCUACAGCAAGGUUCAGAUAACUCUGAUUUCCCAUGACUGCGGUGGGCUGACCAAGAGAGAUGUGAAGCUGGCUCAGUUUAUUGACAAAGCUGCUGCCUCAGUUUAACCGGGAUAUAAAUACCUUUAACACAGUGUCCACCUAUAUUUUAUUUUUAAAUGUGUCUCUCUUUCCUUGUAAUCCUGAUUUCCAAAACCCAUAGAGGGAAGAUAUUUUGUAAAAGGAGUGGCUGAGCUUUUCUGACCUUCAGUACCUUAGUCUUGAGACCCCCUUGGAUGCCUGAGCUUGUCCUUUCCCAUUGCUGGUUCUGCAGGGGGAUGCAGUGGAUAAACCAGCAAUAAAUAAGUUUUGAACAAUCCUUUUUUAGAAACUAAACUGUGCUGGAAUGAAACCAGGAGCCCACCCAUGUGUGCUGGUGUUUCCCAAGCUCACAGGAACUGGUGGCAGCUGCCAUAUGAGCUUCCCCCAAGCCUGGCCACUUCCAUCCUAUAGGUUUGUAGAUCUCUGCACUUCAAACAAUGUAAGAGCAGCCCGGCCAGGUCAGUCCCCUCUGUCUUGGUACCAUCAUCUCUGCCAGUGACCAGUGCAAGGACACUGGGGAGAGCAGUGCAAGCUGCUGCUGAAGUGUCCUUAGAGUUGCAGCUCAACUGGCAGGAACAGCUGUAUCCAGAGUUGCUGCUUGAGAGCCUUUCCCCGUCUGAGAGUGUAGAAUCACAUAAGCACAGACUGGUUUGGGUUGGAAGGAACCUUAAAGCUCAUCUUGUUUCAACCUCCUGCUGUGGGCAGGGUCACUUUCCACUAGACCAGUUUGCUCCAAGCCUCAUCCAGGCUGGCUUCGACACUCCCAGGUGCGGGAUUGGAUCUUGGAGUUGCUGAAAGCUUUAGCACCAGUACCGCAAAUACAAAAUGUCCCGGUGAGCUCCCAGCUCCCACACCAUUAAAUGAAGCAUGUGCUUAGGUGCUUGGCCAGGUCAGUGCCCAGCUCCCUGCAGGAUUGAGCCACUGUUGGUGUUGUAAUGCUCCAGUACCUGCUGGAUCAGGCCGGGGGUGGCUUGGCCAAGUGCCCAGAGCCCUGGCUAGGGCUGCCGGCGGUGAAGGAAGCGGUAUUAGCAGGAUUCUUGCUAAGCUGGGCUUGACUGAAGCUAUGCUCACCCAGUUUUUUUUCAUAGCUAGAAUUACUCGUUGCAAACACUAUUGCAGGAGUUGCAGAUCCCACUGACAACGUUUAAAAUAGUUUCUUCCGUGGUUUGAAUGUCUUUGUUUUUAUCCCAUGAUCCUCCCCGAGACAGAUUUCCAGUGCCGGCAGGGAGAUUUCAUCCUGCUUAAAGCUUGCAGGAGGGCCUCUCCCCCUGCAGUCCCCCUGCUGAGUGUCCCCAGCAUGCUCUGUCAUGCCCUGCGAGCAGCUCCGGGUGCGGCGCUGCCGGGAGAUUGACACCUCCGAAAUGCCGGAGCGCAUUGCUCGGAUGACACCGGCGGCACAGCCACCAGCUACCGAGAAGUGAGAUGCACGAGUGCCAAAAUCUAUAUCGGGGGUACGUGCGAGGUGUGUGGUCUUUCAGAUAUUUUGGGAUGCAAAAUGCCAUGAGCUGCCACCCAAGUGACUGUUGAUAAAAUGAGAAAGAUAUUUUUUGUAAAUCCUUAGCAAACGCACCGUCACGUGCUAAUUGGUCACACACAGGAAGCAAGAUGUUGGGGUUUAUUGUCAGUAACCCUGCUUGGGAUAUCAAGUUAAUACCUAAAAAGACCCAAAUUCAAACUACGUGCUCAGCUGUUCUUUUCUCACAAGUGCCUUUCCCCAGUGAAGUGGAGGAUUUCCCUGAUAUGGUUUGAAAAUGGUCACUGUUGUGAAGAGUGAAUAAAACUAAAACAAACAACCA